AACAGAGUGUUGGGCAGCAAAGGAUGAACAUGAACACAAGGUUAGUGUGGCCGAAAUGAAGAUAUUUCGAUGGAUGAGCAAUCAUACAUGUAUGGAUAGAGUAAGGAAUGAAGAUAUGAGAACUAAAGAUGGAGUGACACCUAUUGUAGAAAAGAUGGUGGAAAUUCAUCUUAGGUGGUUUGGACUUGUGAAGAGAAGACCAAUAGAGCAUUCGGCCAAGGCAAAGGAUAUUGAAUUAAAAGGCCAUACUGACAGUGUUGAUCAAUUAUGUUGGGACCCUAAGCAUGCUGAUUUAAUUGCAACAGCAUCACUUGACAAGACAGUUCGAUUGUGGGAUGCUCGCAGUGGCAAAUGUUCUCAACAAGUUGAAUUAAGUGGGGAAAAUAUAAAUAUCACUUAUAAACCUGAUGGUACACAUAUAGCUGUUGGCAACAGGGAAGAUGAACUUACAAUAUUGGAUGUCCGCAAAUUCAAAGCUAUACACAAGCGCAAGUUCAACUAUGAGGUAAAUGAGAUCGCCUGGAAUUUGACUGGAGAUAUGUUUUUUCUGACUACUGGGAAUGGAACGGUGGAGGUUUUAUCGUAUCCUUCUCUGCGCCUUGUUCAGACACUUAAGGCUCACACAGCUGGUUGUUAUUGCAUUGCGAUUGACCCGCUUGGCAGAUAUUUUGCUGUUGGAAGUGCUGAUUCCUUGGUCAGCCUUUGGGAUAUUAAAGAGAUGCUCUGUGUUCGAACUUUUACAAAGCUUGAAGGGCCUGUUAGGACAAUAAGUUUCAACCAUACAGGAGAAUUGCUCGCCUCUGCUAGUUUAGAUUUAUUCAUUGAGAUAUCAAGUGUCCAGACAGGACGUUCAGUUCACCAGAUUCCGUGUCGUGAUGCAAUGAACAGUGUGGAGUGGAACCCAAAGUUGAACUUGCUCGCCCAUGCUGGGGAUGAUAAAAACAAGUAUCAAGCAGAUGAAGGCGUUUUCCGCAUCUUUGGCUUUGAGAGUCCAUAGCUCUCUCGCAACCGGCGAAUGUGUCUUUCUAGUUCCAUCAUAAUUCGUAAUAUGAGCUACACAAGUAUGGUGUUAUUUAUGACUUUGCAGAGGGGUAUGUGUUUAAGUUCAACUUUCUAAUGUAAAUUGUGCAGAUAAUUUGGACACAGCACAAACGUGCAAGUAAUAAGUUUAGAAUUCAAACACUCGUGCAGUCAUGAUGCAAUUUUGAAUGGUUGAACACCAGCAGUGUGCCACAAUGUGCUAGAAAAAUUAUGAUUUGCUUUCUCUCAUAUGCUACUGCUACUGGCAGGGACUCCAAAAAAUUCGUCACAAUAGAUGGCUUUUCAGCCU